GGAAAAGGGAGGCUAGGGAAAGGGAGGCUAGGGAAAGGGAGGCUAGGGAAAGGGAGGCUAUAGAAAAGGGAGGCUAGGGAAGCUGAGCUAGCCAAGGAAGCACGGGAAGCGGAAGAGAGACGUGUUGCUGCCCAGGCUGAGCGUGAUAGACAGGAGAAGGAACUUCGAGAAGCCCAAGCCGCCAAAGAGGCCCGAGAAGCAGAGGAAGCCAGGGAGGCUGCAGAAACAGCUGCGCGACUGGCCCGUGAAAAGGCUGAGGAGGAAGAACGCAAAAGAAAGGAGAUGGAGCUUAGGCGCAUCAGACAGGCCGAGGAAGAGCGUCAAAAGCGCUUAGAGCAAGAACGACUUCGUCUUGCGAGGCUGCGGAAAGAUCAGGAAGAGCAGGAACAGCGGCGUCGCGACGCACUACCUAACCGACUUCGUGCUGCAGCAAACUUCGUCGGCUCAAAUGACCCUAUUUCUAAAAGCCAUGUCUGGCUUAAAAAAUUCAUGCCACUCGUAACAGCAACAACCAAGCAAAUCGACCCUUCCUGUGAUCUCGAGGUCAAGGAUGACAGAUGGAUUCCCAACUAUCUGGUUGCACCACUUCUUGCUACGAACGAUCUUCAACUUUCGCAGUAUCCUAGUUGGGAAAGGCGGUUUGUCACUCUUACCCAGCGAAAUAACCUUUGGAGGGUAACGCGUCGUAUUCUUGUCGAGGAAGGCGAGUUUAACCCCUUGACAACAAGCUACGUCGAUGUUAUGCGGAAAGAUGCCGAAACCCGACCCAAAUACUUUGCGAUGGAACACGUAUUUUGGGUAAAGUAUUCCGAUUUCAUGGAUUUGGUUCCUCAUGUCCCCCACCUCCACGGACUCGAGAUUCGGACGCUUCGAAUGCAUGUCGACCCCGAACCUGGCCCCGAAACGAUCCAGGCAGAACGUCAGCUCCCAAAUGGGAUAAGAUCUAUUACUCCUAAUAUAGAUUCUGGGCCAAAAUCCCCGCUCACCAACGGAUUUAUAACCUCUAAUGGUCAUCCUCAUUCGUGAGGGUGCUUUAUAUGUCAAUUUUGUUGUCUCCUUUGUUUUUCCAUAUGUGUUUGAGCUCGGAGCAUGGUUUAUAUUUGAUCUUGCUAGAGCCAUGUGUGGGAUAUAUGCAGUAUUGCAUCGGUCUUCGUUUUCUUUUUCUUUUCCUUUUCUUUUUUGCAAGGAGCAAAUGGGAUUCGGGUUGGAUGGGAGGUCUUCUGUAGUGGUUUUAUAAGUCUUUUUCGGUGGAUUCGUUCACCAUUAUUCUUGAAAUGGAAUAUCCACAUUAUUAUUAUCCGCGGCAGCGGCCAAUAUUACUUCAUACCAGUCAGUGUUCUAAUUCGCGGCGAGCAUAGUUCACUUAUUCCUAUCCAUCCUUUUUACGCCUUUGUAGCUCGCGGAUCUGGGUAAGGUCACCCACUGGAUCAGGACCUCACUAAGUGCCCUGCCCCACUUAACCUUCCUUACAUCAGCGGAUCUUGAUAGAGCAGAUUAUUCAAUAAUUCUCAUUCAGUAUUCAUAAUAAU